AUGCAUGGCUGCAGAAAUUUGAACCUCUACUGCUCCAAACAGAUUCUGAAUGUCAAAAAGCAGACUGUCCAUUUGGUGAAUGUGAGGAAAACAGGAACUUUGGGUGAUCCAAGCUCCCUGGACGAGACCACCUAUGAAAGACUGGCCGAGGAGACACUGGACUCCCUAGCUGAGUUUUUUGAAGACCUUGCCGACAAACCUUACACAUUUGAGGACUAUGAUGUCUCGUUUGGGAGUGGUGUUUUAACCAUUAAGCUUGGUGGAGACCUGGGAACCUAUGUGAUCAACAAGCAGACCCCAAACAAGCAAAUCUGGUUAUCAUCACCUUCCAGCGGACCCAAGCGUUAUGACUGGACUGGAAAAAACUGGGUGUACUCCCACGAUGGCGUAUCCCUCCACCAGCUGCUGGCCACAGAGCUUUCCAAAGCUUUAAACACCAAACUGGACUUGUCUUCCCUGGCCUAUUCUGGCAAAAGUGCUUGA